CCAGCAUUGUCCAGGGUGUAGAUGAAGAGAGAGAAGAAGGGAAGAGUCAAAAAGAGUUUAUAGCUCUUCCUUCUCAGUCUUCUACUAAUAAUUGUUGCAGGAAGUAGUAAAGCAGCUGCUUUUAUUGAUUUUCUUUCUUCUCUUGACUAAUGCAAUAGUGUUCUUCAUUUUUUUUCUGGUCUGUACGGGAAGGGCUGCUUUAAGUCUUCUCUAAAGAGUUGGUAUUCUUUUUGGGUGAACGAUAACAUUAUGUUGCAUUCACCACCUGGAAAAAAGAUUUGACUUCGUUCAAGUCUGUGGGACCAGUAUCAUUGAAGAUGGAGCUGUUCUUUGUGAUUCUGUUCCUGGCAAGUUUGUGUUCCUUUGUCUUACCUGAUGAGCAAGGAGAGGCUCUUUAUGCAUUAAGGAGCUCUCUCAAUGCUUCAAGCAGUCAACUAGCAGAUUGGAAUCAGAAUCAAGUUAAUCCAUGCACUUGGUCUAAGGUUAUCUGUGACAACAAUUACAAAGUCACCACCGUAUCCUUGUCCAACAUGGGUUUUCCUGGCACCUUGUCUCCAAAAAUAGGGGUUUUGAAGGCUCUUACGACACUUACACUGCAAGGAAAUGGUAUAACUGGCAAGAUACCUGAAGAGUUUGGGAACUUGACAAGCUUGACCAUGUUAGAUUUGGAAAACAACCAUUUGAGUGGAGAAAUACCAGCUUCCCUUGGCAAUCUCAAGAGGCUUAAUUUCUUGAUUUUGAAUCAAAACAAUCUUACUGGAGCAAUACCACCAUCACUCUCAAAUCUUCAAAGUUUAGUUAGUGUUCAGCUUGCAUCAAAUGGUCUUACUGGCCAAAUACCAGAUCAAUUCUUUGAAGUUUCCAAGUACAAUUUUACAGGAAACAGCCUGAAUUGUGGUUUAAAUUUCCCCCAUCCAUGCGAGUCUAAUAAUGGAGGUUCUUCAAGUAAACCAAAGGUUGGAAUAAUUGUUGGGAUAGUUGGUGGAAUUUUAGGUAUUCUGCUUCUUGGAGGUUUGCUGUUAUUUGUUUGGAGGGGCAGGCACAGAGGCUACAAGCGUGAAGUUUUUGUAGAUGUUGCAGGUGAAGUCGAUAGAAGAAUUGCAUUUGGUCAGCUGAAGAGAUUUGCUUGGAGAGAAUUGCAGCUUGCUUCAGACAACUUCAGCGAGAAAAAUGUUCUUGGACAGGGAGGUUUUGGAAAGGUCUAUAAAGGAGAGCUUGCAGAUGGUACAAAAGUUGCUGUGAAGCGUUUAACAGAUUAUGAGAGUCCCGGUGGUGAUGCAGCAUUCCAGCGUGAAGUUGAGAUGAUUAGUGUGGCUGUACACAGAAAUCUUCUACGACUGAUUGGAUUUUGCACUACCCCAACCGAACGCCUCUUGGUGUAUCCAUUCAUGCAGAAUCUAAGUGUUGCAUAUCGUCUUCGAGAGCUAAAACCCGGGGAAACUGUGCUGGAUUGGCCAACAAGGAAGUCUGUAGCACUGGGCACAGCACGUGGACUGGAAUACCUUCAUGAACACUGUAAUCCUAAAAUUAUCCACCGUGAUGUCAAGGCUGCUAAUGUAUUGCUGGAUGAAGAUUUUGAAGCUGUUGUUGGUGAUUUUGGCUUGGCAAAACUUGUUGAUGUUAGAAAGACUAAUGUUACAACCCAGGUUCGAGGCACCAUGGGUCAUAUAGCUCCGGAAUACUUGUCCACCGGCAAAUCAUCAGAAAAGACUGAUGUUUUUGGUUAUGGAAUCAUGCUGUUAGAGCUUGUGACAGGACAGCGGGCAAUAGAUUUCUCACGACUUGAAGAAGAAGAUGAUGUCUUGUUGCUUGACCAUGUCAAAAAAUUGCAGAGGGAGAAAAAAUUAGAUGCUAUUGUGGAUCGCAACCUAAGCAGGAACUACAACAUUCAAGAAGUAGAGAUGAUGAUACAGGUUGCAUUACUCUGCACCCAAGCAUCACCAGAGGAUCGACCGGCGAUGUCAGAAGUGGUCCGCAUGCUGGAAGGCGAGGGGCUAGCUGAGAGAUGGGAAGAGUGGCAGCAUGUCGAAGUUACCCGUAGGCAGGAGUAUGAGAGGUUGCAGAGAAGAUUUGACUGGGGAGAAGAUUCAAUUUAUAAUCAAGAUGCUAUUGAAUUAUCUGGUGGAAGAUAGGAGGUAACCGCUAAAUAUGAUAAGUGUAAAUGAUUUCUUGUAAUACGUUGGUCGGAUGAAUGUAGCUUAUCUGUAAAAUUUUGAUGGCAGUGUCCCUGUAUUUUCUUUUUGAGUCUUUUUUAGUGCCAUUGCUUUAUCGCUUUUCUUCUGUACUCAUAGUUUUAUCUAUUCAUUUUCUUCUUUUUGCGUGCCAUUCUUGGAGGGCAGCACAGGACCAUGUAUCCUGCACUCUAUUUGUUUCUUCCUCCUUCCUAAAUGCUAAUAAAAGACACCCCCUCUUUUGUAAA